AUGCCCGCUAGGUCCACCACGCGACGCCGCGGCCUUCGUAAUCCGACCAAAGGUGCUGGCGCGAAGAACCGCAGUGCUGCAAGAAAGCGUGCCAAGCACUUUGGUUUCGCGACCGAUUCCGAAUCAGAGGCCGAGCAGACUCCGCGGAAGAUGCGAAGACUGGACCAGAUUCCUAUGCUCGAUCCUAUCGAGGCCAGAGAGCAUCUGCUGGCCAAGGUCAUCCCGGACAAUGCGUCUGAAGAAGAUGUUUCCAAACCGGGAGCGUCUGACGGAGUCAGUCGAUCAGCUUCGGCAUCGUUGACCAGUCCUGUACCUCCCCAGACCAUCGCCGAAAAGCCGGCAGAGGGCCCUUACGUCCGCCAGCUGUUCGCGAGACCGGGCGACUACCCAAUGUAUGAAGACUCGGAGCCUUCAGAUACAGAGAUCGCUGCUUCGACCUCAACAGCGUCAGUAAGACUUACCGCUACUCGUUCGCGCGCAAGAAGAGGCGAUCUUGGGGACUGUUUGGAUCGCAUGUGCGGCACUGGGCAAGGAGGAACGGGCGAGGCACUUUUUGCUACUUGGGGUUCACUGAAGGCGCAGACCGAGACCGCUAAAAUCUCCUAA